CUCCACUUUGGUCGACAAAAGUUGCUUCUGCGGUUGAGAUAUUCGAUAUAGCUGUUGUUUGCUGUUGUUGUUGCUGUUGUUAUUGUUGUUAUUGCUGUUGUUUAUUUCGACUACACUCCUCUCCUCCUCAUGGCGACCCGCAGACUGCUCUCAACCGCCUCUUCUACCCCGGACAACGGCUCAUCACCUGUCUCAUCACCAGUAUCCCGCUCCACCCGUCCCUCCUCCUCCACCACCACCACCACCACCACCUCCUCCUCCUCGCAGCCAAAGUCAGUCAUCCAGCACUCCAGCACAGCACCCAAAUCCAUAAUCUCCUCCUCCACCCGCAGGAAGAAAUCCGUCUCCGCCAAACGCAUCUCCACAGACGACCUCUCCUUCGAGGACAUCGAGAAGAACGCCAUCGCCGAGGCCGACGCCGCCCUCAUCCGCCAGCUGCACAACCCCUACAACAGCAACGUCGAAGGCGCUGCCCAGCUCGGCGCGCUAAAGUCCUCCGGCUACUCGACGCCCGGAUACGAGAGUCCGCCGUGGGUCUCGUUCUCUGAAGACGAAAGCUCAGAAACACCCGUCCGCGCGAUCCCGCGCUCGGCGCCUCGAAAAGCAGGUGCUCCUUCUCUCCGCUUUGGCCAGACCGCCUCGUCUCUCGGGAACCAGUCUGCUUCUUCAUCCUCUGAGUCGUCUACAGCACCCAAAAAGGCAGAGAAAACAACCCACAUCUCCUCAGACGACUACUUUGGCCGCAACCAACCCCGCGACUACGAACGCCGAAAAGACCUCAACCGGCUGCACGAGCAGUUCGACUCUGCCACCGCCAUCUCCUCUGACUCGUACUUUGGCCGGCCGUCGCCGGACUCCGAGAUGGCCGACCAGCCCGCGGCAGAGUACGCGUUGGCGAAAGCAAAGGAUCUCGCGAUGGAUAUCGCCUACAGAGCGCCGGACGCUAUCAAUAGUCUGAUUGGCAGUGCGCCGAGCUUGGAUGUGCAGGGGGUCAAAGGGUAUAUCGGAAAGACUGCUGGUUCGCUCUGGCCUGGACAGGGCCGUUAGAGCAGUCAGCAGAAGUAUAUGUGUAUCCAAUGCUAUUAAUGUGUACAGCGGAGCGAGCUCUCAACUGAAUAAACA